AUGUCUUCGUCCGUCGUCGAAGCCACCGCGGAUGCUUCACCGCAUCUCCGCGUGUCCGCAUCCAAGGGCCAGGCUGCGCAAGCUACCCCCGAUGAAACAGAGCCUUCAACCAGAAUCGAUCCUCCAGAAGCCUCCGCUGUCGAUGAUCACUUCUUCUGGACAUACACAGAGGAGCCGCACCGCUCCAGACGACAAGCCAUCAUCAAAGCGCACCCGGAGGUCACCAAGCUCUGCGGACCAGAGCCCCUGACCAAAUAUGUCGUUCUCGGCGUUGUCUCCCUCCAGGUCCUCUGCGCCUACCUGCUCCGCAACACCUCCAUGCUCGACUGGAAAUUUCUCGCAACUGCAUACGUGAUCGGAGCCACCUCGAACCAGAACCUCUUCCUCGCCAUCCACGAGAUCUCCCACAACCUCGCCUUCCGGUCUGCCAUGGCCAACCGUCUGCUGGCCAUCUUCGCCAACAUCCCGAUCGGUUUGCCCUACAGUGCUGCGUUCCGGGUACGUCAGACCACCAAAGCCCAGAAGAAGCACAUGAAACAAGUAUACAAGAAGCUAAAGCUAACUUCUCCCGCUUCACAGCCCUACCAUCUCACCCAUCACAAGUCCCUCGGCGUCGCCGGCCUAGACACCGACCUUCCCACCGCCGUCGAAGCCUUCCUCCUCGACUCCAUCCUCGGAAAGGCCUUCUUCUGCACCUUCCAGAUCCUCUUCUACGCCGUCCGCCCCAUGUUCAUCUACAGCCCUCCCUUCACCUCCAUCCACGUCCUGAACCUGAUCACCCAGCUCACCUUUGACUACGCCCUGACCAAGUUCUGCGGCGGCUCCCUCCAACCCCUCCUCUACCUCCUCCUGAGCUCCUUCCUCGCCGGCUCUCUCCACCCCUGCGCCGGUCACUUCAUCGCAGAGCACUACUUCUUCUCCCAAGUUGGCCACGGCACCGAAUCCAUCCAAGAGCAGAAGAAUAACCAGAAGAAGUCUCACCCUCUCGACUCCCUCCCCCCACCGGAAACCUACUCCUACUACGGCCCCCUCAACUUCUUCACCUACAACGUGGGCCUGCAUAACGAGCACCACGACUUCCCCGCUAUCCCCUGGACAAGACUGCACGAGCUGCACCGCAUCGCUAGCGAAUUCUAUGAACCCCUCCCCUGCCAUCACAGCUGGGUGUGGGUGAUCUGGACGUUCAUCCUGGAUAAGAACGUCGGCAUGUGGUGUCGGGUUAAGCGUGCGCAGGGCGGUCGUCUCGUCGGUGGUGGGGGCGGGCGCGCGGGUGAAAGCAUCUCGGCUUCGUCGGCUGGUCCGGAGGGCGAAUCGGGAGAUGGGUGGAAGGAGAGUGAGAUUCAGAAUUGA